AACAAUCAUAGCAUCAUACGUCAUACUGUUGACCCAUCACUAAAUACAUCCUGGUAUAAGCAUACACUUUUUCAAACAGCAUUCUAGCAUCGGGCGUGUGGUAAAUCUAGAUGAAAUAACACCACAGUAGUGAUAAAAUUCUUUUAUUGGCAACACACAUUAUUUACUCACAACACACGCUUGACACACACACACACGUACACUUGGCCCAUAAUACAAUAUACACACAUCCAACCAUCACACCACACAUAUAGAAUUAAUACACCUGAUACAGCAAGCACAUCACUAUGGGUAAUUUCCUAAUGUCAAUCUUUUGUUGUGCUGGUUCUUCACGCGAUGAAGGUGAUGACAAAAUUCAGCUGAGACCGGCAACGUCCCAGAAUCAAGAAUUAGCAGCUAAUAAUAAUGGUGCUUCUGCUCCUGCUAAACAGAAACUUAGCAACCUGCCGCAACAUGAUGAAGUACGAAAUAGUAAUAAUAACAACAACAACAACAACGAUGUUUUAUCGAAUGGUAGUGUAUCCCCUAAGCAUGUUCCUAGUAUUGAACCAGAAAUAAUAGAAAAUGACGAAGAGGAUGAUGACGAAGAUGAAGACGACGAUGUUUUCAUUAAAAAGUCAAAAAUAACGAAGAAAGAUUUACUUGAUGAUGAGCAUUCAGAAACCGAUACAAUUACAAAUACUAAUGAUUCAAACAACACACCUCAACAACCACAACAAGAAAACAGCAAUAACCAUAAUGGAAGCACUAAUAAUACACCGGACAAGCCUAUAGAAACAUCCACAUUUCAAGAUUACGACAAUGAUAUAGAAAUGGAAGAAGAAGAUGAUGAGGAAGAGGAAGAUGAAGUCAUGGAAGAAGAUGAAGAGUCAUAUCUUGAUCUCACUAAGCUUCAAGAAGGUCAAGCAUACAACCCCGAGACUGGAUUCCUUCUUGGCCACAAAGACAAGAACUUCAAUGGUAAAAAGUGUCUUGUGCUUGAUUUGGAUGAAACAUUAGUUCACUCUUCAUUCAAAUAUUUAAGAUCGGCCGAUUUUGUCAUUCCUGUAGAAAUUGAUAAUCAAAUCCACCACGUUUAUGUGAUUAAGCGUCCUGGAGUUGAUGAGUUCCUACAAAAAGUCGGGCAAUGGUUUGAAGUUGUUGUAUUCACUGCAUCGGUAGCCAAAUAUGGUGAUCCAUUAUUGGAUAAGUUGGAUUUAUACCAUCUGGUACAUCAUCGAUUAUUUCGAGAUUCUUGUUACAAUUACCAAGGUAAUUUCAUCAAGAAUUUAUCGCAAGUUGGCCGUCCUUUGACUGAUACCAUUAUAAUUGAUAAUUCUCCUGCUAGUUAUAUUUUCCAUCCUCAACAUUCAGUUCCUAUAAGUUCAUGGUUUAGUGAUACUCAUGACAAUGAAUUAUUAGAUCUUUUACCAUUAUUGAAAGAUUUAUCCAGCGGUAACGUCGAUGAUGUCGGAAUGGUAUUAGAUAUAAGUUUAUAAGCUUGCUAGAGAACCAUGUUUUCUAUGUAUAUCUAAUAAUAUUUGUAUUAUAGAUUAACUCAAGUGUUGACAUAUUUCCAGUUUGAUGGAUAUGACGAUAUUAAAUAAGAUAGUGCAAGAACUGCCCAAUACGUUCGCAUGUGGUAACAAAAUCUAUCUUUAUCACACACACACACACAGAGUGCCAUUAAAGGUUUAUGUCUCAGUGCCAAAUUAGAAGGAUAAAUCUAAUUAAACUUCAGAUAUUGAACUGUUUAGGUCCAAGUUUGAGAAAAUAGCAAUUAAAGAUAUGAAUAUAGACACCGAUUUUGAAAUCAGGGAGGACGUAAAUGAAAACAUUCCCACUUCUACUCGGAUGCAGAGUCGACUGUAGCAGAGAAAAGAACUUGUCUCUAUGUAAAUUAU